GCCUAUUGAGACAACAUCACCAACCAACUGCUUCGGCUGAGCGCGCGUGUGUGCUCUGGUCUAGUGUGUGAGCGGGAGAGAGGAGGAGAGCAGAGAAGGAGAGAGCUACACAGACACAGAGAGCCAGGCAAGAGGAAGGGAAGGGGCAGGUUCAACCCCCUCACCCCCCACCACCACCACCACCGCCACUGUUGUCGAACCGCGAGAAGGAGGCGGGGCCAAAACCAGGAGAGCUGCCAAUCAAACGUGCUCGUGGCAGCCGGCAUUAUCUCAGCAACAAACUAUUGACAGAUUACAUGUCAAGGAGUUUAGUGCAUGAUUGAGAGGGAAGGCUUGUUUUUUUAGUGACUUUUCUUCAACUUCCCCACCAUUCGAAUGACUUUGAAUCCAGAGUUUGAAGUUGUAUUAUGAAAGUUACAUGUCUGAGAGGAUUUAAGAUCGACUUCCCUGAAUAUGCUGAAAGGAGUUUAUGCACUGAACCGACCUCAGGAAAACCCAAGAUGGCCGCCAAAAGGAAAGGUGGCCUAAAACUCAAUGCUAUCUGUGCCAAGCUGAGCCGCCAGAAUGCCGAGGGAGACCAGAGCGUAGCAGAGAACAGUGAGAGAGGCAGUUCCCACUAUGACGAUAAUGAGACCAACUUCCCCGAGAGCCUGAGCCUGAGCCAGAGCCUGGAGGAGGACCAGAAGAGGCGCGAGGCCAUCGAGAAGUGGGUGAACGGAGAGUACGGGGAGGAGCCCCUGGGCGACUGUGAUGAUGAGGAGAGCUCACUCAGAGUCAGUAAUGACGAGGACUGCCCUCCAGAGGGCGUGUACAUGGUACAGCCCAAAGGCUGCAGUGAUGACGAGGACAACACGGAGGAGGCAGAGCCACUCACCGGCUCUCAGGACGACAGUUACCAUGACGACAAAGACACAGAAGACAGGCCCCCCAAAGACACCUCCUACAUGCCGAGUGAGGGCCAGAGCCGUCCACAGUUCUCCGCUCCAGGAGAGGCCUCGGCCCUGCAAGACUAUGCAGCCAACACCAUGAAUGAGUUUCUGGGAAUGUUUGGUUACGAUGACCAGCAGGUAAGGGAUGAGCUGACCAAGAAGAUCAGCUUUGAGAAGCUCAAAGCGUCUACCUCAGACCCCUCGUCCCUCAGCAGCGAGGAGGCCUCCCGCCGCGCUCGCUUCUCCAAGUAUGAAGAGUACAUCCGUAAGCUGAAAGCCGGAGAGACCCCCUGGCCCCUGCAUGCUUCCCCUCCCAAACCAGAUGACCUCAAUGCAAAGAUUGCCCAAGACAAGAGCCCCCUGCUGCAGAGCUCCGGUCUGCCAGGAGCAGAGGCGCAGAUCUUCCCCUCCAGUAUGGACCACAAGUCCCGCGGAGGACCCCAGGCAGGGGCGUCACAGCCCCCCACGUCCUCACUGCACAUGUCCAACAUCGUGUCACGAUCCUCCAAAUAUGACUUCUUUAUCCAGAAGCUGAAGAGGGGUGAGAGUCUGCAGCCGCAGAACGGUAACGCCUACAAGCGUCCCUCCAAGUACGAUCUGGAGAACGUCAAGUAUCUUCAGCUGUACAAACCCGGGGACGGAAACCACGACAUGGGUGGAGCCAUCGCUUUCAAGACUGUCAAAUCGGCGCGCAAAUAUGACAUCAGACCAAUACAGAAGCUGAUCCCCGGAAACCCCGAGGCCUCGCUCAUGCCCAGCGUCUUGACUCCUGUCCCAGGGAACCCGGGUACGCCGGGGGUCCCCACUGCAGGGGCUACAGGGGCCAUUGCCCCUGGCCUCACCAUGGACCAGAGCGGACACCUUAGCUUCAGCACCGCCGAGUACCUCAAGUCCAGCUUCUCCAAGACUGACUCCAUCACCUCCGGAACUGUGUCCUCUGUCAAGAAUGGCCUGCCACCAGAUAAACCUACCGGCGACGAUGUCAACGUCUACCAGAAAUAUAUUGCUAGGUUUUCAGGCAGUCAGCAUUGUGGUCAUGUGCACUGUGCGUACCAGUACAGAGAGCACUAUCACUGCAUGGACCCAGAGUGUAACUACCAGAGGUUUACCAGUAAGCAGGAUGUGAUCAGGCACUACAAUAUGCACAAGAAGAGGGACAACUCGCUCCAGCACGGGUUCAUGCGCUUCAGCCCCCUGGACGACUGCAGCGUCUACUAUCACGGCUGCCACUUGAAUGGAAAAAGCACCCACUACCAUUGCAUGCAGGUGGGUUGUAGCAAAGUGUACACCAGCACCUCCGACGUCAUGACUCAUGAGAACUUCCACAAGAAGAACGCGCAGCUCAUCAAUGACGGCUUCCAAAGGUUCAGAGCUACGGAGGACUGUGGGACUGUGGGCUGCCAGUUCUACGGCCAGAAGACCACUCACUUCCACUGCAGGCGUCCAGGCUGUACCUUCACCUUCAAGAACAAGUGUGACAUCGAGAAGCACAAGAGUUAUCACAUCAAGGACGACGCCUACGCCAAAGAUGGCUUCAAGAAGUUCUACAAAUACGAGGAGUGCAAAUAUGAAGGCUGCGUGUACAGCAAGGCCACCAAUCACUUCCACUGCAUCCGCUCAGGCUGCGGCUUCACCUUCACCUCCACCAGCCAAAUGACGUCGCACAAACGCAAACAUGAGCGUCGCCAUAUCCGCUCCUCGGGUGUCCUAGGCCUGUCCAGCUCCUCUUUCAUGGCCCCCAAAGAUGAACCAGAGGAGUCCAGUAAUGAUGACCUGGUGGACUUCUCCACCAUCAGCAGUAAGAACUCCAGUUUGAGCGCUUCUCCCACCACACAAUCCACUACAGCCUCUCACCUGAUGGCCACACCGACCACCUCCGUGUCCUCCUCGCCCUCCAGCCACGCCCUCAAGUCCACUUCCAACAUGGCGGCCGGGGCAGGACAGAGGAUGAGCAGCCUCCUGUCCCAGACGCUGCCCAGUAACAUGCCCGUGGCGCUGGCCCUCUCCAGCAGCGCUCUGGCCACUCAAAACCCGUUCUUCCCCCUCAUGCCCAGACUGCCUCUGCAGCCACCGCCCCCCUCUGCUGCUAGUCUCAUCUCUGCUGUGUCAUCUGGAGCCCUGUCCAUGACCUCCGACUCUUUGAGCCAGGGCUACUCCAGUGUUGGGGCAGACGGAGCCAUGGCCUCCACCCCAACCUCCUUCUCCACCUCCUCCAUCAUGGAGAAGAUCUCAGCCAGCAAAGGCGUCAUCUCACCCAUGAUGGCCAGACUGGCAGCUGCCGCCCUGAAACCCAACAACUCUGAGACAGGGAAUGGCCAGCCUCCGUCAGGCCAGUACAAUUUGGUCCAAGUGAAACAGGAGCCCAUGGAGCUGGGGUCUACAGGAUCCCAGGACUCUGCCCAGGAGCACAGCCUGGACCUCAGCAAGAAGGACCACAGUAAUGAAUCAAACGGACACGCCGUACCGGGGAAUACAUCUCUUUUAUCCUCGCUUAUGAAUAAGAUGACGCAUGUGAACCCUGCCCUCUUCAAUGCCAUGAAUAUCAAAUCUGAGUGGAUGGACGGAAACCACGGGGGAGACCACUCAGAGGCAGGCCACUACCUGAACCAGGUGCUCAAGAGGUCCCUGCCUGACAAGCCCAAUGAGAUCUGGAGGACAUAUCUGCGCAGGUUCGAUACAGAGGACUUCUGUGAGGCUCACUGUGACUUCCUUCAGAAGGUGCACUUCCAUUGCCUGGUGGAAGACUGUGGAGCGCUCUUCAGCACAGUGGACGGGGCCAUAAAACACGCUAACUUUCACCUCCGGGCCACUUUGAAAGUGAAGUCUGAGGGCUCGUACAGUGAGAAGGAGUCUGGAGAGCCAGCUGCCCCAGUGUCCAUGGCCAAUAACCCCCCUGUGGAUGUUUCUCACCUCAGCUCCUCAGGGGGCUACAGCUCGCCCCCUCCCUCCAUGUUGGCAUGGAAACAGCUGACCGGUACCAUCCCUCAGAUGGCCGCCUCAAUGCCCACUCUUCCGGCCAGCUCCCCUCUGCCCACCACUUCGCUGGAGAACGCUAAGCCUCAAGUCAAACCGGGCUUCCUGCAGUUCCAAGAAAAUGACCCCUGUUUGGCUACUGACUGUAAAUAUUCAAACAAGUUUCACUUCCACUGCUUAUUUGGGAACUGCAAAUAUGUCUGUAAGACCUCUGGGAAAGCCGAGUCCCACUGCUUGGACCACAUCAACCCCAACAACAACCUGGUGAACGUGAGGGACCAGUUUUCCUACUACUCUCUGCAGUGUCUGUGCCCCAACCAGCACUGCGAGUUCAGAAUGAGAGGCCACUAUCACUGUCUGCGGCCAGGCUGCUACUUCGACAACAUCACCACCAAGCUGCCCUGGCACGUCAAGAAGCACGAGAAGGCAGAGCGCCGCGCAGCCAAUGGUUUCAAGUACUUCACCAAGCGAGAGGAGUGUGGCCGCCCGGGCUGCAAGUACAACCAGGUGAAUAGCCACUUCCACUGCAUCCGUGAGGGCUGCCAGUUCUCCUUCCUGCUCAAGCACCAGAUGACCUCACACGCUCGCAAGCACAUGAGGAGGAUGCUGGGAAAAAACUUUGACCGAGUCCCAUCCCAGGUGCUACCUUUGGGUCACAGGGCGGAUGACAUGCAGCACUCGUCCAGCCUGGUGUCUGGUCCAGUCCCCAGUCAGACCAGCCUCUCCGCCAGCUUCUCCAACACCUCCAUGGACGAAACAGAAGACUACGUGGACUAUGCUGGGGGCAGCCCUCUGGGUCUGUCCUCAGAAUCCUCCAACCAGGACCGGAGUUGCACCAGCACACCAGUGGGCAAUGAUGCCUCACCUGCAGGACAAGGCUGCCCCACCACACCUUCUGCUCCCACCACCCCUGCUGACACCACCCAAACAGCACCUCCUUCUCCUCCUCCUCCUCCGCCUCCUCCUUCUCUUCCUCCUCCAGCUCUCCCCGCCCUCGCCCCUCCUCAGCCGGGGCUCCAGGCUCCGGCCCUCCCCCCUGCCCUUCUGCGCCCGCCCCUCUCCUCACUCCCAUACCUCCUGUCUCCACCUUGUCUGUCAUACUCUCUGCUCAGCGCCUCUCUGGGAGCCACUCGGAGUGUUGUCAUGCCAACCAACACACCAGCUUACAGCCCCAUCAUUGCCACUCCGUCUCCGGUUAAAAAUGACGUCCCUAUAGUGCAGGAUGCUGCAGGCAACACUAUCUCCAUUCCCACGGCCACCGGGGCCAAGAAGCGCUUCUGGAUCAUCGAGGACAUGUCCCCUUUCGGCAAGCGCCGCAAGACCGCCUCUUCGCGCAAGAUGCUGGAUGAGGGCAUGAUGUUGGAGGGCUUUCGCCGCUAUGACCUCUAUGAAAACUGCAAAGAUAUCAACUGUCAGUUCUCUCUGAAGGUGACCCACUAUCACUGCACCAGGGAGAACUGUGGGUACAAGUUCUGUGGGCGCACGCACAUGUACAAGCAUGCCCAGCACCAUGACCGUGUCGACAACCUGGUCCUGGACGACUUCAAGCGCUUCAAGUCCUCGCUCAUCUGUAACUUCCCUGACUGCCAGUUUUCAGGGAACAGCACCCACUUCCACUGUCUGCGCUGUGGCUUCCGCUGCACAGACAGCACUAAGGUGACGGCCCACCGCAAACACCACGGCAAACAGGACGUGAUCAGUGCAGCCGGCUUCUGCCAGUUCAGCUCCAGUGCCGACUGUGAGGUGCCCGACUGCAAGUACAAGCUCAAGUGCUCGCAUUUCCACUGCACCUUCCCUGAGUGCAAGCACACUGUUGUGGGCAUGUCCCAGAUGGACUCCCACAAGAGGAAGCAUGAGAAGCAGGAGCGUGGAGAGCUGCCCUCAGUCUCACCCAAACAAGAAGGACACCAUCUGAGCGGAGUAGUGUCAGCAGUCACCCCUGUGUCUAUGAGCAUGUCCCACAUGAACAGUACCCCCUCCAUGCUGUACCCGGGGGGAGCCCUGGGCUCAGACUACAGUCACCCAUACCCCCCGUCCUCUAUGGGCAUGGACACGGCCCUGGACAGCUCCCUGAAUCUGACAGACACCAGCAGCUCCAUGUUCUUCCUGAAGAACGCCGCUGGGCUGGGCCUCAACGACUCCCUGGACCUCAGUAAAAAGAUGCUCCAGGACACAGGCCUGUCCAACCACUCCUCCACCCCCCUGAGAGGGGGCUCUGGCCCGGACGACACCACUGGGACCUCCGGAGAGGCAGAGGAUGACCUGUCUCCCGAGGAGGAGGACAUGAACUCUGACUCAAAUGACGACUCAAUGGUGGAGGGCGAUAGAGAGAAGGACAGUGCAGAGGCUCUGAGUGCUUCCGUUAACCACUCUUCCCCACUGCAGAGCCCCCCAGUGGAACAGCAGGAGCCCUGAACUCUAAGUUAAGACUGAGAAGUGAGAACAAAGACAUGGAGGCCGCACACAUCCUGUUCAGACUUGUACUCAAACUAGUGACGGCCCACACUGAUUAAUGAUCAUGUUUACAAGGUGACCAACAUUAUUAAUUCAAUUAUGCAUUAAGAAAAAAUAUGAACAGAGACACAGUCAUAGGCCCCACUUUUACAAAUAAGGGGGCAGCAAUGUAAAACAUUUUACUACACAUCAGUCUUUUGUGUGGGUGCAUGUUUGACUUUAAUUUAUUUUUAUUUUUUCACUUUAUUAUGUGUGAAAAAAAACAAGAAAAACAAAAACAAAUCUCUCUAUAUAACUAUAUAUGUAAGUGUGUGUGUGUGUGAACGAUGAUCUAAGGAGAAAAGUGCUGUGGAUAUUCUAUAAGCAAAGGCAAGCGGAUCACCAAGGGGAAUACCCUCAGAGGUUUUGAUCUUUUCUGUAUUAUGAAUAAUAAUAAUAAUAUUAAUAUUAUUAGACAUUGUGAGGAAGAGUAUAAAGCUCCUUUUCUCGGAUGUUUUACUUUGUUCUCAAUCUGGAUUUGACCAGUAGCUGUUUGGUCAGUCUCUACAGUUCUCGUGACAUUCUGCUAGCUGUGUCCCACUAGCACCAAAAACCAAGCUAAGUCCCUGUAAUGUACCCCUCCUGUACUGGGCCCCACCCAAGGGCCCCUCAGAGGAAUCAAGUCUGUGUGUGGAUAGUGCACUUUUCUAUAUUAGCUGACCAUUACAAACAUAGAGAACUCCUGCUCAUAUUUAAGACUAUUUUUGUUACCGUUGGCAUCACUGCAUUAAAUUGUCAUUUUGUUGUGUUAUAGUUAGAUGCAUAUCGAUUUGGAUGAAGCUGUAUUUAAAUCAAAACGGGAGGGUUGGGCUGCCCACAGGAAGUAAAGAGACAUUUGGAUGCAGUGGGAUAUUUCAGCACCGGGAAAGUAGUUUUAUGUUGAAAAUGUACAGACCCAAAAAUGUCCAAAUGGCAUUGUUGGUUUUUUUCUUUUUCACUUUGGCUGUGGUUGAACUCCUGUUAAUGUUAUGCUUUUAAUUUAAUAUUUAUGUGACCUUCCAAUGAGACAUUUUUAGGGUGUUAUUGCACUUUUUAGGUUCAUUUUUACCGUCAGAAAAAUAUGAUAUAUAUCUUUUAACAGGGAAUUUGCUUUAAUGUUGUUUUAGUUCACUUUGCUUUGAUGCACAAAUAGAUGUUAGUGUGACAAAGAACUCUUGUUAUGUGACUUAUUUAAAAACUGGUUUUUAUUUUUUGAUUUUCUGUGAUUGGAUAAAAAUGGACCGCCCCUGACAUGGGUGUGGCUUGGUUAGGAACACUAAUAUGGACUGUAAUUGAAGAGGAUUGUGAAGAGGCUGACUUACUGUAGUUCUAAAUUAUUAUUAUUAUUAUGUAUUGAACAGUGGACACACGCAAAGGGAAGAUUUCCAGAGCUUGGCAUUGGAAAAAUAAUCACAAUAGGGAAAAGUGUGUGUCAAUGAUAUUCCACCAAACAUUGUUUUGAAAAAAUAAAAAAAUGGUUGUACAGUAUUUUCCUCUGUAAAAAAUAACUAUAUAUGAACAAAAUGCUCUUUGAUGAACAGCUUCCUUUAAAAAGAAAAGUCGUAAAAGGAGAAAUGAAAUAAUAAAAAGUUCAAAAUUCAAAUAGCCUCACUUUAGUUUGCUUGUGUGUGUGACUUUACUUUCUGUUGGUCCAACCAUCUGGAAGACCAUGGUCAAGCAGAAUUAUGGUUUACUGUCAUUUUGUCAAAACUCAGUUUAAAACUACACAAACAUUCUGUUUUAUUAAUAAGCAUUUUUGUGUGUUAUAUUUUUUUCUUUAGAUGAAAAUAUUUUCUUUGAGCUCAAGCCUCACAGGCCGAGUCACCCAGCCUCCCUUCAAAGUCCUGUGCACUUGAAUUUAGUUUCUUUUUGUGUGUGCAGCUGUGAAAUAGCAGAAUUUGUAUAAAAGUUGACAUUAAAUAAACUAUAAAUACAGAUACACUGUACUGUAUAGUGUUUGAAGCCUGCGAGCAGACCUAACAUGCGAGCGGCGCUCCAAAAGAGGUUCCUCUUGGCUCUGUCCCAGCUCCGAUUCAUAUUUCAUGACCUUGUGCUUCUCCCUCUGCUUUGUUCUGCCAUUAAUCCAACUGGAGUGAUACAAAGCACAGCAGCCCUGCCUCUGUGCAGCCACAGAUCAGUGUUUCUCCAUCAGGACCAGAACAGAACACCUCUGUGUGGGUCCAGCCUCAGGCCCUGCUCCUGCUGCCCUAUCUCUCCUCUGCCUCGCUCGCCCAGUGUCUCUCUCUCCUUUGCCUCGCUCGCCCUGUGUCUCUCCGCACUCCCGUCCAGUGGCCCGGGCGUCACUUGUUCUGUCCCGUCUACAGCUGUUCCUGUCCUUCCUGCUUCUUCUGAGGCUUUUUCUAAUAAAAAGACAGACAUGGGUAAAGGCAUCACCAUCUGUCAGCCAGCUGGCUCCUGUAUAUAAUCUACCAGAAAAAAAUGAAUAAACAGAAAAUUAUAUUACACUAAAACCAGACGGAAACGACCUCCAAAUCCAGCUUCAGCUUCUGCUGAAACGACAGAUCCUUUUACAGGAGAAAUUAAUUCUGUAAGAGAUGGUGCACAGAAGUGGUGAAGAAACAGGGAGAUGUAUUUCCAGAGCUGGAGAAUGUAAUCUGAAAGGCGCCUGCUCACUGCAGCAGCCACAUUUUAGACUUUGUAAAAUAUAUUGCACUUUUGGACUAAAAGCCAUCUCCCGUUAGCAUUCAAUUUAGUGAGAUUCAUGAGACGUUUUCUAUGAGAAGUUGACAAAGAAGCAAUUUUGUAAGUCUCCACUUGAAUUUGUUGCCCUCAGCACUACUCUCUUCAGUGUUUCAUAUUUAUUUCCUUGGAAUCAGUGCUUUCCAUCUUCAUUGUGCUAUAUUUAUG